GAGUUCUCGUCUGUGAUCAUAGCUGCGUUCAGAAAAUAGCAGCCAUGUUUGUUAAUUUGAAACCUAGAGAAAGACUUUUUAUGAUUAAGGUCACUUCUGUCAUCUUAUAGAUUGUAAGACCGGGAUCCAAAGGCAGUGUUGUCUGUUUAAUCGUAGGAAUACGAGAUCUGAAGGGUGAUAUGAAUGUGAAUGGCAUUACUGCUGCAGAUGAGGGCAGUCAGUCUGGCCCCGACCCUCCUCCUUCCUCUUAUCAGCAUCAUCAGUCCAUCAUGGAAUAUGACUACUUGUGGAUACCAAACCAUUAUAAUUCUGACAUGGACUCUGGCUGUGGCACUGGCCAUGGAACAGCCCAAAAACAGCAGCAAUCCUCUCAUGCCUUUCAGGGACACUAUCCAAUCAACAGGACCAUAGGGAAUUCUCAGCAAGCCCCAGUGACAAGAGACCAGCACUGGGGUCAGGGGUGUCCUGGCCAAGAGCAAGGGGAAUCUGUGACCGUACCAUAUUCUCAUGGCAUCUAUGGUGUAUACCCAAACCAAGUGCUUAAUCAUCAACAGCAGCAUUUUGGCAUGGUGCCAAAUGGAGCACCCUGUUAUCAAUCACAGCAUACACUUCUUUCUUCAGAACAAUUGGAACUGACACCACUGAUGCCUACUGCACAGAUGUUUACCACCCUACGAGGGAGUUUGCAACAUCAUCACAUGGGCCAUGGCAGUACUGAUAGUUCCAUGCCAGUGCAGGCAUUAACGAGGUCACCAAAUUCAAAGCAUGAUAAUUGUUCCCCCCAGAGGAAGCAGAGUCCAGGGAGAGGCACUGUGGACCAUUCUGCUGGGAUUCAAGUCUGUAGAAAUGAUUCCAAACAAGAAGUGGAUCAAGAUUACAGUGAUAGUAAGAAAAUAUCUGCCACUCAACAGCUGUUCCCAAUAGACAGUUUAUCUGUGAAGGCCUCAGGAACUUCCCUGCUCCCUACCAAUGAGCAUAAUUUGCAAGCCCAGCAGUUGGUUGACAUUGAAACUACUUUCAAGGAAUUGAGUCAAAAUCCUGUCUGUGCCACUUCAGUGUCAGCGGCAACAACAUUUCAUCAGACCAUUUCUGAGCCUACUCUGGUAGCACUUCGACCUUUGUCAGUGAAGCCUUCAGUAUUGGCAAAGCCUGGAAUAAGCACACCAUCAGCAUUGAGUACCACACCUCAAUUACUUGCCACACCUUCUUUAAAAGUCCAACCACUAAGUCCUCCUAUGUCUCCAUCUAUUGUUACACUGCCUGCAACAAUUUCAACUUUAAUAUCUGAUAGUUCUCAAAUGAGUCAAGGCAUCAAAGGAUCUCCGAGACAGUCUCUGGCAUCACAUUUCAAAACCUCUGCAGUUCAACAUGUAGACCUUUCACAUGUAGUAGACAAUCCAGAUUCUAAGGGUCUACAGGUUACUCAGUCACCUUUAUCUCAAAGUACACAUCUUCCUGUACUCCCCAGACCUUCUUACUCUUUGGCACCUAUGCAAAGGGCUUUGAUAACCCCUCCUAAUUUCCCAAGCCCUCAAACAAAUCUUUUGACUGAUACAGCUAUUGAUAAUUCUAUUCCUCAUACAUUCCCUACAUCUAUUUCUGUUGCCUCUUCUUUUCCUUUUAGUGCUUCUGUUUCUUCCGAAAAGCUUUUAUCUGCUCAGACGUUAUCUGAGUCGCCCCUUGUUAUAGCUAAUACAAAUGCUGUAUUAUCUACUUGUCAGGAAACAGAUCAUGCAGCUUUUCAUGAUUCGGAGCAGCAUUCUGAUAUGACAUGUUGUCCAUUAAAAACCAAGAAUAUAUCUGAAUUAAGCUGGACUUACCAUAAAGUCAAUGUCACAGGUUCAGUGUGUAAAUCGGAGGGCCACUCCAGUAAAGUUCCUGAUAAAAUCCCAGAGUCAUCUUUGAGUAUCCCCUAUACAGAAGAACCAGAUAAAAAUAUUUUACCUGUUGUUAAAAAGGAUGUAUGUACCAGCAAGGACCAAUCCACUUCUGGAAAAAAUGCCCUAAAUGAUAUAAGGGAAACAGAGACUAAUAAUUGUAUAUCUUUGGCUGGGAUAGUUUAUGUUAAUAGGUCUGAAGCAGUGGAUUGUUGUGUGCACAGCCAGGAUGAAAGUUCCUUAAUGUUAGAAGAUAGGUCCAUUAUCAACAAAUUGGGAGAUAUGUUGCCAGAAAAUGACCAGACAGAUGACACUGCUUGUAAAACUGAUGCAGUGGAUCUGACCACUAAGAACUCCAAUGACGUGACAUCUCUGAAGGAUAAUUCUCAGAUUCAUAAUUCCUUAGAUGACUCCCCACAGGCUGACAUCUCACAGCAUUCAUCUUUAAAUGACUUCACUGGAAAGUGUAAUAAAGGUUUAUUAAAAGACAUUAAGAAAAAGAGAAUAAAGUCAUCAUCAAAAGCUCCCAAAGAUGAAAAGGUGAAGGGGAAAAAGAAAAAAGAAGAGAAAUUACUGACAUCAAAGAAGAGCAAAUCUGAGGUGCCUGCUUCUGCCAGCUGUCUUCAUGAUGGAGCUUCAUCACUUCUGCUUAAAGGAGGUUUUAUAACUGACUUACAAUUGACCCAUAAUGUUACGUACCCUGUUUUAAAAUCUGAAAAUAUAAGGAAAUCCAAAACGAAAGAAACUGCUGGAAAGUGUUCAAAGCCAUCCAAAAUCAAAGUUGUUUUGGAUGAAAAAGCAAAGGAAGGCAACGAUGACAGCAGCGUGAUAACAGAAGAUACCCCAAGGCGAAGAAUUGCUACAGAAGAGCAAGUCAUCUUCCCUCUUUUUCAUGGCUGGAGGAGAGAGAUUCGUGUGCGGAAGCUUGACAACAGACUAAAAGGAGAAACAUGGUAUUAUACUCCUUGUGGGAAAAGAAUUAAACAGUUUCCUGAGGUCAUUAAGUAUCUGAAGAGGCAUGAAGAAAAUCUGAAGGGAGUAACAAGGGAGCACUUCAGUUUUAGCCCACGUAUGCCUGUGGGGGACUUCUAUGAGGAGCGAGAUACACCUGAGGGGAAGAAAUGGUUCCUCCUGGCCAAUGAAGAGGUCCCAUCCAUGAUUAUGGCAAUUACCGGCAGACGUGGUCGCCCUCCAAACCCUGACAAGGAAUCUAAGCCUCAGUGUAGAUCCAUUCAGCCCAAGGGGGGUCCACGAAGGCGUCCGGGCAGACCUCCCAAGUUAAAAGUGUUUGAUUUGCUGAGCAAAAUAGAUGCCAGGCUGCUGAAGAGACUGGAGGCAAAGGAAUUGCUCACAGAGGAGGAUAAAGUCAAACUGUCCAAGAUCAAGAAGAAAAUGAAGAAAAAGGCAAGAAUGAAAAGGAUGGAAGAUGCUAACAACCGGAAGAUCAGGCAGGAGAAACUAAAAGCCAAGUUGCAGAAUGCCAGAGAACCAGUGCAAGAGGGCCAAGCUCCGUCUUUAGACACAGACAUCAACCAGUCUGUCAGUGAUCAACUAAAGAAGCCAGGGUGCAGAAGGAAGGUUUCUGUAGAGCGGAAUCUUGAGAAGGUCUGUCCUUUGAAAAGGAUAGCAGGAGCCCGUAGCAAAGCUAAAGCUCUGGCUAAGGCCCAGGCUGAAGCAGAAGCUCAAGCUCAAGCAUCACUGGCAGCUAAGAGGCAGGCAGAGAGAAGGGCUCAGGCCAAGAGACGCUUGGAGGAGAGGAAGAGGCAGCAAAAAAUCUUGGAGGAGCUGAAAAAGCCCACUGAGGACAUGUGCCUCACUGAUCACAUGCCUCUUCCAGAAUUGUCUCGCAUUCCAGGACUGGUGCUGUCAGGUUUCACGUUUUCCUGCUGCAUAACAGUUGUAGAGUUUCUGCACAGCUAUGGGAAGGUGUUGGGUCUUCAGGUGCCUAAGGAUAUUCCAAGUCUGGCCACCUUGCAAGAGGGUCUACUGGGACUAGGCAAAAGCCAGAGUAAACUUCUUGACCUGUUAAUAAAUUUGGUAAAUGCUGUGUUGCAUGAUCCUGGGUUGCCAUCAUACUACCAGUCAGUGAAGAUCCUAGGGGAAAAGCUGGUGGACCUGGAACUGUCUCACAACACAGUGUCCGAGGUGCUCCGGGUCUUUCUGGAAUCUCAUGGCUUUGAGAGGAAUAUAUGCAAUAGUCUCCGCACUAAAAGCUUCCCAACCCUGAGCCCUGAAGUUAAGGCAUCUAUCCUGGCCUUCCUGGUGGAAGAGCUCAAUGCCAGCAACACGGUCAUUAAUGAAAUUGACAACACUCUGGAGAACAUGAUCACCUAUAAGAAGAACAAAUGGAUUACAGAGGGCAAAGUGCGCAAAAUGAAAGCUGCUCUAGCACGUAAAACUGGCCGCUCAGAGGAUGAGCUGUGUUUAGAGGAGCGGAGACGUAGUACCCGUGUUUGUGUGGCUGAAGAUGAGACUCUCCCAAACAGCAGCUUCCUGGAGAAUGGCAGCUCUCGCCAACGGAAAGAUGAGUUGAAAAUUUAUGAGGCUGAAAGUUUAAACAAUGCAAGUGUUCCUGAGCUGGAGCGACAGAUUGAUAAGCUAACCAAGCGGCAGGAUUUUUUUCGUAAGAAGCUGCUCAUAUCAUCACAUUGCAUGCGGGCAAUGUUGCUGGGACAGGACCGGUACCAGCGGAGGUACUGGCUGCUGCCAAAUAUCGGUGGUGUGCUGGUAGAAGGGCCAGAAGAGAUCUUAGCCUCAGGAGACACUUUGAUGAAGGAUGAACCUAAGCCUUCUGUUGAGAAAGAGUUUAAGUUUCCUGUGAAGGUGGAUGACAUAGUGGAUCCACAGCUAUCUCCAAUGCACAGUGCUACCAAUACAAACCAACCUUUUUGCCCUCACCCUUCCAAUAUCUCCUCCAUUUCAUCUGCUGCAGUUGUAGAGCCUCUUCCAGGUGAGGCUUCUCUUAUGUGCACCCCACGAGGGUGGGGCCGACCUCGCAAAAUCAGACCAGAAGUCGAGCUCCAUUUACGCACAGUCAAGAAUCGCCGCCACCGCUACAACAAAUCAGGGGCUGAGAACAGCAAGGGUGCCAGCCAACCCGAAGACUUUAUGAAAGAACCCGAAGAUAAAAGACAAAUGUUGCCUAAGGAGUCAUGCAAAGAAGAAUCACUAUAUUCAUGUGCAUCUAUGUUUAUGCCUUCUUUUAAAGAGACUCUCCUUCCUCAUGGUACUAGUCCUCAUUUUAAACCAGUCACACUGCCAAAGGUCAGUGCUACUCAGACUCCCAGACCUGGCAGGAGGUGCAGGAAGGGCAGCGGUACUGGGUACAGGAACAUUGAGGCAGUUGCUGUAAAACGCAGAGGCAGACCUCCCUCCUCUCACUUUCAGGAAAUGGAGCAAAAUUACUUUAAGCAGCUAGUGGUCAGGCCCAUUCCACAGGAGAUGGUGAAAGGUUGGUGGUGGAUUCGAAAGCCUGAGGAACUCACAGCAAUUUUGACUGCUCUUCAUCCCCGUGGAAUCAGAGAAAGGGUCCUACUAAAGAACCUUACCAAACACAUGGAGUUUCUGACAGAGUGCUGUACACAACCUAUAGCAGAUCCAGUCUUUCAUCUAAAGGUGGAGGAUGACAGACAUUUUCUUGAGGCAGUGAAGCACCCAUGGGUAGAACAGAAUCAUGCCAUGCAAACUGACCUUAGCAUCCUUCAAAUGGUGGAGGACCUGGAGCACAGGGUGUUGGGAGCUGAUUUGCAGCUUAAGGAUUUUACUGCUCCAGAGCCGGACUCUACCCGGGAAGAUCUGCAAUAUUAUGAACAUGAAGUGGACCCCAGAGAAGACUGGAUGUUGAGGAGCAAAAAAGAGUGGUGGGACCUCUUGCGUGUACUCACAAACCCCCUGGAUCUGGCUGUGAUGCGUCUCACCAACCUGGAGAGGCAUAUUGAGCGGCGCUAUCUCAAGGGGCCACUGUGGAAUCUUGCUGAGGUGAUGCGGUUAGCUCCUCUUACAUCUCCACCGGGAGGAGAGGAGAUUACCAUGGACACCUUCAGCCUGGAGAAUGAGAUCACCCCCAGGUUGAGGAUUUGGAGGCAAGCCCUGGGCCGCUGCCGAAGUGCAUCGCAGCUCUCAUUGUGUCUACUGCAACUGGAAAGAGCCAUUUCCUGGGAGAAAUCGAUCAUAAAAGUGACGUGCCAGGUGUGCCAUAAGGGUGAUAAUGAUGCAUUUCUACUGCUAUGUGAUGGCUGUGACCAUGGAUGGCACAUGUUCUGCCUAAGGCCAAAGGUUACUCAGGUGCCAGAAGGUGACUGGUUCUGUCCCACCUGCCAUUCCUUGGAAUCUGGUACAGAUUCUCAGACAAACCGAUCAGCACGACAGAGAGCAAAGGCGCAAAAACGACGCCCUGCUCAUGGAGUUGAAAAUUCAAAUGAGGAGCAGCGACAUAGGAAGAGCAUGACAACACUGCAAAAAUAUGUCUCCACCCCCUCCAGUGGGUCAAGCUACCCCCUCCCCAAACGCAAACGCAUGGCUACACGAAACCAACCUGACCUCACAUACUGCGAAAUUAUUUUGAUGGAGAUGGAGGCCCAUGCUGAUGCUUGGCCCUUUCUAGAGCCAGUUAACCCAAGACUUGUGCCUGGAUACCGCCGCAUCAUUAAAAACCCUAUGGAUUUCCUAACAAUGCGGGAAAGGCUUUUGAAGGGAGGCUAUAGUACGUGUGAGGAAUUUGCUGCAGAUGCUCAGCUGGUCUUUAACAACUGUGAGCUCUUUAAUGAAGACACAUCAGAGGUGGGCAUGGCCGGACACUCCAUGAGGCACUUUUUUGAGAGCCGCUGGGCAGAAUUCUAUUCAAAGUGUGAAAACAGAGGGCUUGCCAAUAGGCUGCUUUUGGGGAAAUAAUGUUUCAACAUAUGCCCAGUAACACUCACUCCUCCAAGAAAACUUUUUUUUUAGCAAAUCUCUAGUCAUUUUGUGCCCUCCUGUUAUUUUAUAUAUUGUUGCUUGAGGGGCAUAGCAGAAAAAUAUCAUUUUUAAUUUCAGGUAUUUUAGAGAGAAAGAAAACAGGAACUGGUGCUCACUAUAGCACACUGCAGGUAUACAGUAUAUUAAAUCAUGCUGUAAAAUACAAAGAAAAUGAUUUGUGUAUUUAAAAUUGUAAAAUUCACAAUGUACUUUGCUGUGCCAUUGUCAAAAAUUGUCUAAUCAUACACCACUUCACCGUAUACACUUAUACCUCACCUGUUCAUUUUUGUAUUUUUUUAAAAUGAUGAAAGACUUUUGUUUGAAGUGUGUUUUACUGUGAUUAAUUCGUACUAAACCUUUUACAAUCCUUUAUACUACUAUCUGUAAUGAAGCACUCUACAGUUGCUUCCUAGAUUCUUUUUCAGAUACACAUGCUUGAUCGUGUUUCUGGGUACAUACUAUGGCUUCGAGUACAUACUAUGGCUUCCCAAUGAUAUAUAUAUAUAAAAUAACUUCAGAGUCAGCAAGCAGGACCUGAUCCGAAAUUUUUGAUGGUUCAUAUUCAUAUAUUCAUAUUUGUUAUGUGCACUUAAGUCUCAGUUAAGUUUUGGAUGCUUUUCAUGAACUGGCCCCCAUGACAAACUAAUAGCCCUGAUCUACAGUAUAUUAUGCACUGUCUACUAUGUCAUAAUAGCAAAAAUAAAUACUGACUCGGGUACAUUUCAAAGAGAUAUUGGAGAAAAGUUCGCAUUUUACAAUAUAUAUUUACAUCUUUGUCAGUUGAUCUUAGAUAGCCAUGUUAUCUAAAACAAGCAGAUUAUGCUGAUAUAGUAGAAAGCUGCUUUGUGACAUUGUUUAUUGUUAAAAGUACAAUACAAAUACAAUUGAAUUGAAAGGCCCGACUUACAUGUUAUCCAACUUACAAUUUCUAAAUUUCUGGCUGAUUUUUUUUUAUUUGAUUGAAAAAAAAUACAAAAAACAAACAAAAAAAUCAGUCUUCACUUUUUUUCAAGCAUUAAAAAUGUGCAAUACAAAUUUACCUUUUGGUUCUGCUGACUAUUGUCUAUCUGCCAUUUUCUGUGUGUUAGUCAUCUAUCAAAUAAUCUAACUAGUCACUGAACAUUUUGAGCAUUUGAGUGAUGUAUGUAUAUUUAAUCCUUAAAUAUAUGUAUAUGUGCUUUAACUUAUACGAUUCUUUUAUCUAUUAUUGAUACAAUAGGGUAUAACUUAUUACAACAAUAAUGGGACCUAUAACAUUAGCAGAACAAAUGGUUGUAAUAACUUCUUUUAUUAUUUUUUUUUUAAUCUUUUUUGUAGAUCCUGUGUCCAAUUUUGUUUACUGUUUUAAUUUCAACUGAUUUGAAAUUCAAAAGAAUAGACCUUUCAGCCACUCACCAGAUAUGAAAAGAUGUCGGAAAAUGUUUGAGAUAUGCACCUGAUUUUUCUCUUUGGAAGUUCACAUAGAUCCACAUCAUAAAUAACAGUAAUUUUAUCCAUAUACCAUUGCUGUUACAAUUUUUCUAGUGGAUUGAGGCAUAUUUGUUAUGACGUAAAAAAAAAAAGGGUUACGCGUGUUAAACAGAAGUACACUGCCAUCUUGAAAGACUUACAUGCAGUCCCGCAAAUUCCCAACAGAUUGUCAUGUGUAUCUACUGUGCUUAACCUUAUUCAACAUUCUGAAAAUGCUCAUAAAAUGCAUGUAAAUUUAUAAAUGUAUUUUUUCUAUACAUAGAGUAAUGUAAUAGAAGAUGAGGUAUUUAAUGAUUCAGCAAUAGAUUUUUCCCCUUUUGACUUUGUGUAGUUUUACCAUCUGCUUGUUUCAUUCUUGAGUACCAAUAGCAAAGUCAUCACCCUUUAAACCCCACAUGUGUAGUGAAUAAAAUGUUCACUGUUGUGCCAUGUUUGUCCUUGCCCAUUUUCAGCAACUUGGCUGAUCUACGUGGCUCUGGUUGUCCUCAACUUAGAACUACUAUUACAAUAUCUCCUUCUGUUAUUUUUUUCUUUACUGGCCACAAGUGCAGUUUUCAUCAGAGUUAUUUUAGUACAGUAUAUGUAUUAGUCAUCGCAAGAAUUUGAUGUUAUACCUCAUCAGACACUAACUGAUUACACCUUACCAGACAAUUAACCACUUCUUCAAAUACAUGGGAAUAAGAAAGAGCAUGACAGCAAGGACUUUUAUAGCUUACCCAAAUAGGGUCAGAGUAAAAAAAGUUGGUGACUAUGAUAUUAAUAUUGAUAUAUUUAUAUUGAUACUUGGCAAGGACAUGAGAAUGUCCCACAGUUCCAUUCCCACAGAAAAAUAAUUAAAUUAAAUGCAGGUAUUAAAGCCUAUGCGCCUAUAUGUACGUUCCCCUUCCCCAACAUUACCGGGCUAUCACCUUCUGGAAACAUCUAAAAAUCUACAUGUACACACUUAGGCUGGCCUGUAGUUCCAGGACUGUUAGAUGCUAUGUUAUCUUCCAUGCUAAGUUCUCAGAAAAGGAAGACAGUUUGGUUAUAACAAGCACCAUAGAACUGGUAAUUUGGCACUGCAUUUGCAAUUAGCUCAUAUUUUCUGUAAAUGUUUUGAAACACAUGGAUACUUGUGGAAUACAUGCUAAUGUGUAUACUAGCAGUACCAGCAAAUAUUUAUAUUGCCACUAGCCUUGGUGUUGUUUUUUUGUUUGUUUUUUUUGUUUUUUUUUUUCACUUUAAUGUACUUUAGCAAUGAAGAGCAUUAUAUCAGUUCUUGCACCCCUGACCACAAGCAAAUCUGCUGCGUUAUUCCUUACAGGGUGCUGUACCACAUUAUAUAUGCUUUCAUAGCAGGAUUUUUUAAAUCUAUUUUAUUGUAUAUGUUUAUACCUGAAAAAAUAUCAUUUAAUAUCUGGGAUUUUUGAAUAGCAAUAGCCUAUAUGCAACAUAUCUGGAGAUAACGUUUGGAUAAAAGCCUAGGUGAUUCUUGGCAUGUCCAGUAUAGACAAGGACCAUUUGUUCUAGCCUAUAGAUUGCCUUUAACUGGAAAAAAAUUAUGCUUUAAAAAAACCUUUAAAAGCUUGAUAUUUAGACCCAAUGUAGGGCGAGCCAAUUUAUUAGAAUGGCUGAUCAUUGUUGUUCAAUGGUGGAAAGUUAAUAGCAAGGUUAUUAUUAUACAAUUAAAGUAAAAUCUAUAGGUAUACUUACUGUCCACUUUAAUAGCAAUAUCUGUACACCUGCACGUUUAUGCAGUUAUCCAAUCAGUACGUCAUGGGGCAACAGCACAAUGCAUAAUCAUGUGGAUACAGAUCAAGAGCUUCAAUAUCAAAUAUAAGAAUUAGAAAAAAAAUGUGAUCUCUGUGACUGAAAUGUAGCAUGGGUGCCAGUUGCUGUUUUGAGUAUUUCAUAAGCUGUUAAUAUCCUGGGAACAUUACACAGAAUGGUACAAACAACAAGAAAGAUUAAAUGAGUGAUAGUUCUAUGGAUGGAAAUGCAUUGUUUAUAAGACAGGUCAGAGGAAAAUGUCCAAACUGGUUCGAGCUGUCUAUCCACCUAAAGCUUUUAUGUGUUUUGCAUUCUUUGUUGCUUUUUUGCUUAGCACACUUGUAAAGAGUACUUAAUCGAUUUCCUUUUAGCUCAGACCAGUCUGGACAUUGUCAUCAGGUGUUUCUUGUAAACAAGGUGUUUCAGCUUGAACACCAAGUGGAUUAAAAACCUUAUGAGAUUAGCAGUUUCUGGAAUCCUCAAACCAAUGAAAGUAACAGAUCACAUUUUUGUCCAUUUAUAUGUUUAAUGUGAACAUUAACUGAAGCUAUUGACUUGUAGCUGAAUGCUUUUAUGCAUUGUGCUUCUGUCAUAUGUUUGUCUUUUUAGAUAACUCAAUAAACGUGCAGGUGUCCAGGUAUUCCAGUUGUAGUAGAUGUUGAGGUAUACAUCAAUCAGCCAUAACAUUAAAAACAGAAAGAUUAUGUAAAUAAAACAUUAGUGUUCUGUGCUAUGUGUGAAGGGGUGGAAUGUAUUAGGCACCAAGUAAACAGACAGUUCUUAAAUUUGAAGCAGGAUAACUGUACAAAUGGAAGGAUCUGAAUGACUUUGAACAGUGUCAAAUUAUGGUGGAUAAAUGACUGGUAAGAGAAUCUCCAAAAUGGCAAGUCUUGUGGGGUGUUCCCUAGGUGAAGUGGUUAGUUGUCCAAGGAAACACAACCACUGAACCCACUCAAGGCUUAUUGAUGCAUAUGACGUUGAAUGCUAUCCCAUCUGGGAUAAAAAAAAAAGAACAAAAGCUAAAAAAACAAAAAAAAACUUUUUGCUGGCUGUGAUGGAAAUGUCAGAACACACAGUGCAUUUGUAGCUUUCUGCAUAUGAGACUGCAUAAUUGCAAAUUUGCUGGAGUGCUCCUGUUGGCCUUUGUUCCCUGUUGAUAGCUCCCACAAUAGGAACGUGAGCUUAUCAAAAAGAACUGGAUGACUUAUGUUUACUUUACAUGCCCAGAUGCAUGUGUUUUGCUUAGCUGGUGCAGAGAUGGCACAAGGAUACACUAUGGGAAGAAGGCAGGCUGGGCAGAUUUUUGCUGGGAAAAAAAUGGUUUUCAGUCUUUAGAUGUCUUGUUGAGUCCAUGCCUCAGCUGGUUAUAGCUGAUCAUUGUAUGUGCUCUUUACUUAAAAAUAUUCUUGGGUUUUUAAGACAAGAUUUUUUAUUUAUUUGAACAUGAAUCAGUAUCACAUGACAUUGGUCCCUAAUCUUACUGAAAAUUCUAUUGUUUCUGGAGUGUUGUUUUAUUCAGUGCACAAAAUUAAUGAAUGUUAAUCUUAAUAGUAGGAAUCUAUAGUGUUUUACAAAAAUGUAUUCCUUGAAGACCUCAAAUUAUAAGAUGCAAGGAAAUGUUAGAUGCAAUAUUCCUUUUCUAAUUUUAUUUAGAGAUUUUUAUGUUGCAUUUAAGUAGAUAUAGAACACUGAGCUUGUAUAUAAUUAUGUUUUCAUCUAUGAAAAACAUGAUAAACAUGAGAAUAGAAAUAACUAUGAUGAUAAAAUGUAGUUUUUACACUGAAUGUGUCCCAGGGUAAUAUAAUUCUGCAUAUCAAUCUGUUUAUAGAGAUAAUUUCCCCUAAAAGAGCUGGAUGUUAAUGAAAUAUAGAACUAAGGCAUAAUCAAAUGUGGUGUUUGUGGAUUUUAAAUAAUGUACAGUUUUUUGUGAGUUUUUUCCCUUCUAUAUUUUUACAGAAAUAUAAUUUUUAAAACAUGGCAUUAUGUUGUUUCAAAGAUAUACCUUACAUCUGUAGAAUGUACUAAUAAAAUUAGUAGCGAUACUCA